AUGGGUUCAAUCGGAGAUUUGCAAUGUCCAUUACCAGAAGGCGUGCAAUCAGUGCACGCGCCGUCGGUGAUGCAGGAGGAGAUGAUACUAUCUACAGUCGCUGAUCCCGCCCACGAAUCCUAUUUUGAGACCUACCACUUCAGCGCCCCGGGAAUUGUGAGCCCAGACCAACUCAAUGUCGCCAUACACGCAGUAGCAGGAAAACAUGCGGUACUGCGAUCGAUCUUCAUCCAUCAACACCAAUCAAGUAUGGCAAAUUUGCGAAUUGCGGUGCUGGACCCGGCGUACGUUCUCCAACGAGCAAAGCUCCUAAGCCUGCAGCCGAUAGUCGAUGAAGCACUCUUUGGCAUCCUCCAGCUGGAAGCCAUCGAGACAGAUGAGUGGGAUGGAACUAUGCCGUGGAAGUUCUCUUUGACUGUCAGUCCGCAGCAACAAAAGUCUUCUAUCACCCUCAGAUAUCACCAUGCACUGCUUGAUGGUUGGUCUGCAAGGGCUCUUCUGGAACUGGUUCAACAGCAGAUGCACCUCCCGGAAAAGGUGUUGCAAGAGUCGGAUUUCUUUUCUCUAGUGCGCCCGCCGCUCAAACAUGAUUGGAAGCAGGAUGAGACAUUGCUCCGCGAACGACUGGGGGAAAUUGAGACAUCGCCCGUACUCAGCCCGGGGAGAGUGUCAAAUGGUGGCCUUGGCGUCGGGGAGGUGAUCCGUGAGGUUUCUCUGAGGCUUAAUGUCAGUUCACCGGAUCGACCAGCUGUUCCCGCACGACUUCUUCGUCUCGCUCUGGCCAUGAGUGUGUGUGUUUUUAGCAACAGUGAGGACUCCUUGUUCCUGGAAAUUACUUCCGCGCGAAACACGCUCCUCCCUUCGGACCAACACGUAUUGGGGCCGGUAUUGAGACCCCAAGUGCGGAAUAUUCGCCUGCAGGAACAAACGAAGCUCGGGGAAUGUGCGCAGCUCUUGCGCUCCUCCCACGACCCCCCGCAUAGUCUGAGUGUUGGCCAGCUGAAGUCCUUUUUGCCCGAGAGUAGCACAGAGCUGGACGUAUGUCUAGUCUGUCAAACCAAUCAGUCGUACCCUUCGAACGAUGUCGGUGACUGGGGGUGGACCAGCGGGGAAGCACGGAACGACCUCCCAUUUAUCGUGGAGACUUUACCUCCAAAAGAAGGAGCAUUCUUCGUCAAGAUCCGAUACCACCAGGACCGGUUUCGGGAGGAAUUUGCAUCUUCUUUUCUUGAUUUCUUUUGCCAAACCUUGAUGUGGAUGCAAGCCACUGGUGAUAGCAUUGAGUACCGGACAUUUGCAUCCGCUGUAUCGGAAAUAUGUCACCAGGGGGGUUACAGACAGCGCUAUCUAGAGUUGAACCCUAAGGAAGCCCUCCUGGAUGACCCUGCAUGUGCACACGACCUAAUUGAACAAGCCGCUGGCAAGUGGCCCAGCAAGAUCGCCUUGGAAACGGAGCAUAAUCGUUUUAUGACAUACGCUGAGCUUUCAAGCGCGAGCAGUAGGGUAGCCCAAGGCCUGAGACACCACUUUCCCCAUGACCGGAAGGACCAGGCGCUUGUCCCCAUUUGCUUUGACAAAGGUGUUGACAUGGUCGUUGCCAUUUUGGGAGUGCUCAAAGCCGGCGGUGCGUACGUGCCAUUAGAUCCUUCUCUGCCCAAGGAGCGCCUCGUGAGUAUCCUAAGCGUCUGUCAUCCAGCUGUGGUCGUCGCUGGCCAGACGGAACUCCAAGAAACUCUGUAUUCGACAUGCGCUGAGCUAGGUGUCCUGGUGACGUCUAUUGACGGCCUUUCCGCGCAUGAUGCAUCUCAUAAUCAAUUAGGUUGGCCGGAUCAUUCAAGCUCGUCAUCCCUGGCAUAUAUCCUGUUCACAUCCGGGUCGACAGGGACCCCGAAAGGAGUCAUGGUGGAGCACAGGAAUCUGGUUUCCUUCAUGAAAGCAGGGGAGGGCAAUGCAGAUGGUACAUGGAAAUCUACGCGGCUGCAGCUGGCUGCGUACAGUUUUGACGCAUCCAUCGGAGAUAUCUUCGCCAAUCUAUACCGCGGUGGCCGUCUCGUAUUGGUACCGCGCAACAAAAUGCUUUCGAAUGUGAACCACUGGCUGGAGGAGAGGUUAAUUACUCAUCUCGCAUUGACUCCAACGAUUGGUAAUCUUAUCAUUUCGCAUCUGCCUGCCCGGUUGCGGACGCUUAUGUUCGGUGGUGAGCCUUUCCACCAGAGUUUUCUGGCGCAAGCCCCAGCCGAAACGCGAAUUUGGAAUACCUGUGGUCCUACGGAAACUGUGGUGGAUGUUGCCUGCUGCAUACUCGACAAGACCAAGGCUGAUGAGGUCCCCAUCGGUCGACCCUUCGGCCAGUGCCAGGUCUAUAUCCUACGGCGUGGGACAAGCAGCGAUACAGCGGUUCCUCCGAACGCGGUUGGAGAGAUAUGUGUCGCUGGUCCUCAGGUUUCACGCGGCUAUCUGGGGCGACCGGAUCUGACCAGCCUUGGGUUUGUCACGGACCCAUUUUGUCCAUCGCAAAGGAUGUAUCGCACUGGGGAUUUGGGUCGUUUGAAUCACAACGGUAUGCUAGAACAUCUCGGCCGAGCCGAUGGCCAGAUCAAGCUGCGAGGACUGCGAGUGGAAACAGGCGAAGUGGAGGUGACAAUCAAGCAGUCCUCCAUCAUUUCACAGGUAUCUGUCAGUGUCGACCACCUCGGAAGCCAUGAUCGCGAAGCUCUAGUUGCUUGGAUAGUUCCAGGAGCCGGUCAAAGUACGCAAGGCAUUGAAGUUGCGUGGAAGGAAGAAAUACUGCCCUGUUGCCAGCGGCGGUUGACACCGUACAUGAUCCCGGAAGUGUGGAUCAUGGCCUCACAUCUUCCCCUUACAGUCAGCGGCAAGCUGAACCGGGGUACUCUAUCCUCGUGGGUGAAAAGUGUGGCAAGGGGCGGAACCCACGAAGGUCUACAUGUGAUAGCUGCACCAUGGAAACCACAAGAAACCACAAGGAGACUGCCAACAAGCCCGGCGGAAAAGCUCAUCGUAGCCACCUGCGCGGACGUGCUGGGUGCAGCCUUCCAUGGCAUAUCUGUGGACGCAACAUUCAUAUCCCUUGGCGGUAAUUCUCUCCUGGCCAUGCGUCUCUUGGCCGCACUUCGACAAAAAGGGGUACAUUGCUCCUUACGAGACUUGCUGGGCCCCAUGACGCUCGCUGAUGUAGCAAAAGCCAUGUAUCCGUCUAGCAGCCCUCAAAAGCAGGCCACCAAGGCAUUUUACCGUGAGGACAGUUGGAAACAGAUUGUUGCUAAUACCAGUAUCGCUGUUGACACGAUUGAGGCAAUUUAUCCAUGCACUGCACAGCAAGAGGGCCUCAUCCAGAGCAGCCUUCAAGGAGGAAAGUCCACGUACUUCGCAGCGAUAAUCAUACGUUUAGGUAGUACCAUCAACCUGGACACGUUCCGGAAAGCCUGGAAACGAUUGGUACUUGGGUGUGACAUCUUGAGAACCGCGUUUGUAUCAUCCUCGCAAGUAGAACAUCCGCCGUCCAGGGAGUCCAACAUCCUUCAGGUCGUUUUGAACGAAUCCGCCGCGGACGUGAGACGGGUGGCCAGCCUGAACAACGGAGAUGUUGCGUUCGAAUUCGGAGUCGUCCCUCUCUCGGCAGGAAUCACCCAAGAGUCUGUUGAUGAGCCGUGGAUGUUACACCUCCGAAUCCACCAUGCUUUAUAUGAUGAAGCAUUACUAUCCAGAAUCACCGCCGAGCUUUCCGUCCUGUACGAAACACAGGAAGUAGGAAGUCCAGUCACUGCUUUACCCCCAAGCCGGCCGUUCUCCGCUUUUGUGGAGUCCCUCUGCACCGAUGACCCAGCGCUCUCGAAGGGAUUCUGGAAGGACUACCUGCACGAAGCGGUUCCCGCAACUUGGCCCCUGACAAGUGGGAUUCGCAGAACGCGAGAGGAAAGAGACCAAGAUACAGAAACAUGUCUCUCCAAAAAAUGGGCCGGAAAUGCUGUUGCUUUGGGCCGGAUGUUCCAAGCAACACCUGCGUCAAUUGUACGAGCUGCAUUAACUCUGGUACUGGCACAGUACUCUCAGACGGAUGACGUGGUGUUCGGUGAAGUUUCCAGUGGCCGAUCGGAUCAUGAUUGCUUUACCUUAGGUCCUUGCCUCGCCACGCACCCUGUCCGCAUCCAGAUUGAUCGCAAAUCGCCAUCGUUGAUGCACAAGCUUGUGGCCGACGCAUUGAAAUCAUAUCUAACCACAAUACCGCAUCAGCAUUUGGGGCUAGCUAAUAUUCACCGACAGAUGUCUGAUGCUGGAUUGAUGGCCUUCCAGGUUCUCUUUGCCCACCAGGAGACAUUUGCAAAGUAUAGUGCUGCUGCUGGUCGUUUCCACGUGGAGUCGGCGAGGUUGCAAAACCUUGGGUUUCCCCUCAUACUGGAAUCGAGAUGCGAUAAAGACACUGGUGAACUUGCGCUGGAAUGCACCAUUGACCGGCAAUACUUGGGAGAGCAGGAUGCUAAGUGGUUUCUACGAUCUAUAUGCCGUACGCUCGACAUACUCUCAGCCGUUGCUGAGGGGAAGGUCUCUGAGCCAGAACUCAUGACGGCCGUUGUGGAUGAGGAGAUGAGGCAGACUCUCGAGAACUGGUCGACAAAACGCACCCCGUUUCGUUCAACACCUGCAAUGAAUCCGGAAAUGUGUGUCCAUGAGCUUUUCGAGAUGCAGGCCAAUCUGACGCCACAGAAGAUCGCCCUUCAAGUGAAUCAAUCCCGUUUCAUCACAUACAAUGAGCUGAACAGACGAUGCAGCGAACUGUCCAACGCGUUGCUGAGCUGGCUCGACAGCUCGGGGUUUGAACUCUCACGAGAUCAACAGAUCAUCCCGCUUUGCUUCAACGAUGCCGUCGACAUGGUGAUUGCUAUGAUUGCUGUGUUGAAGGCAGGUGCAGCAUAUCUACCAAUAGACCAUCAUCAUCCACAGGACCGAAUCCACCAACUACUCUCCUUAUCAGGUGCCCGAGUGAUGGUGGGCGAUCGCUCGGUGGAAACAAUGGAAAAGCUGCAGGCUGCGAGCAAGCAGGCACAAUGUGGCAUCGUUAGCAUUGAAAGGCUGCUGAGUCUGCAUGGGCGGCAGACAGUGCGAAUUCCCUGGCUUAAGCCCACCCCGCAAUCUCUGGCGCAUGUGAUUUUCACAUCGGGGUCGACUGGAAGGCCCAAAGGGGUGAUGGUCGAGCAUCGGAAUCUAACAGCUUUCAUGCAAGCGAAUGAACCGGAGGCGAUAGGAACCUGGACUUCAGCACGGCUGCAAUUGGCCACUGCCACCUUUGAUGCAGCAACAGGGGAAAUCUUCGGCACGCUGGGAUCGGGUGGGCGACUGAUCCUAGGGCAGUCGACCCAUGAACUCUUGGCCACUUUGCCGGACUGGCUGGAUAGAACGGUGAUAACCCACCUCUUUGUCACACCUCGCGUCGCGGCCAACUUCUUGACCGAUAUUGACCCUCCGUACCUCCGUACCCUUCACGUUGGCGGGGAGGCCUUUGACCCCAGCAUCCUACCACGCCUGCCCGCUGGGUGUGACGUGUAUAACGUGUUUGGUCCAACCGAGACCACAAUAUACGCAACACAGUACAAAACUCGGAAGGACGACGCAUAUCGCCGCAACAUUCCAAUUGGGUAUCCCUUCGGGGGCUGUCGGCUAUACGUUCUCAAUCCGGAGACCUUAGAACAGGUUCCCGUGGGCGUGACAGGCGAGAUUUGUAUCGGAGGUCCACAAGUCACUCGAGGCUACCAAGGCCGGCCGGAUCUGACAUCUCGGUCUUUUCUGAGUGAUCCUCGCGUUGCCGGCCAACGCUUGUACCGGAGUGGGGAUCUUGGGCGGCUCUGUGGCGAUGGAUCCAUCGAGCAUCAUGGGCGAAUUGAUAGUCAGAUCAAAUUGCGUGGUCUACGAAUUGAGGUAUCGGAGAUCGAGUCGGUGUGUCUAGAACAUGCGAUAGCCACCGCAUGUGCAGUAACUGUGCUUGAUCGAGACGAGGGUCAGGUUCUCCUCGCCUUUGUCCAAACCGAGAAGGACCACCAAACAAGCCCUGGUUCGGAAGCGUGGAGUCAAGCGGAGGGGAUGAUACAUCGCCAUCUGGAGAGCCGUCUGCCUAGCUAUAUGGUCCCCGCUCGUUUGCUUCCUAUCGAAGACAUGCCUUUGACCACCAGCGGGAAGGUCGAUCGACGCGAACUUGGUGCUCGAGCCGAGCGGAUGGACCAGGAAGGAAAACUAUUCACCCCACAGCAUACCAAUCAUCGCGAAGGCUGGGUUCCAGGUACGACUGAAGAUAAAAUCGCUGACGCAUGGGCGCAGGUUCUUGGGGUCGACAAGGCAAACAUCACCCAAAAUAUUGCAUUUUCUCGUCUUGGGGGUGACUCGAUUCGUGCCAUUCGUCUGCUAUCGCUGCUCCGGAAAGCCGGAUUGAAGCUCAAUAUGACCGAUGUGAGCAACGCGUCUACGAUCCGGUCACUGGCACAAUGCGCAGCCGCCCAUGUCAAUGUGCCCGCAAGGAGUACGGCAGAAGCAACCGACAUCGAUGCGCAUAGUGGUCCAGUGGCGCUGGGUCCAAUUGCUGGCAGAUAUGCUAGCAUCCAGUUGAAGCAUGCUUCCCAACGUGGUGAGCAGGUGAUAAAUCAUUUCAAUCAGUCGGUGCUGCUGGACGUGACUGGAAUCUCCAUAGUACGGCUGCAGCUCGCCUUACAACGUCUUCGCAGUCACCACGAUACUUUACGCGCGAUAGUCCACUGGAGCUUCGAUCUCCCAAUGGAGGAGUGGACCGUCAGGGCUCUUCCUCAUUCAGACAUGGAACCACUAAGCCUUGAUACCCCGCGGAUGACCCUCACGCUCGAAGCCCUAGGUGCGGAGAUCCAGCAUCGACUAAGUGGAUUAGACAUCCGGCGUGGGAAGGUCAUGGAUGCCGCUCUCUAUUGCAUCGACGGAGAUGCCCGUGUCUUCCUAUUCUGGACCAUCCAUCAUUUCGUGGUUGACAUUGUGUCCUGGCACAUUCUUCUUGAGGACUUAAACGCCUUGGUGCAGGCAAAGGAGGAACCGGAAUCGGUUGUUCUGCAGCCGGCAACUAUGGGCUUUUUCACAUGGACGCGUCAGGGCCAGAUUAAGCAUGAAGCUGGGUCACUGGCCACAGGCAGUACACUAGAUGCACCACCAGAAAGCCCAGUAUCUUCAUUUGCCUCCGAUCAACUGCCCUUGUGGGUUCGCAAGCCGGGGCUGGUUCCAAUUCACCCGAUCAAUCGCACCACAACGGUAGCCAGACUGAACUCAAGCAUCACAGAACUACUUCUUGGUCGCUCAAACAGCGUGCUUUCGACGGAACCUCUGGAUCUACUACUAGCAGGGCUGGCCAUGACAAUUUCCAAGCACUUCGCAGGCGCCGUUCGCCGUCUUGUAAUCGGCUUGGAAACCCAUGGUCGACACACUGGAACCAACAACGCCGAUCUCUCGCGAUCAGUAGGUUGGUUUACCGCGAUUAUGCCCAUGCUUCUUGACUGCGGAGAGGAAUCAUCGUCUAUCGAGUCAAUAGUACGUCGAGCUAAAGACCAGCGCCAACUUCUGAUGAAAGACGACCGAGGAUUUCACCAUUUCCUGGGCUCCCGCUGGGGUACCGCCAAGGUCCCCAAUAGCGAGAUGAUGGGUCUGGUUUUCAACUACCAGGGGGUCCGGCAGCAGGCUCGGGGCCAGGAUGAAAUGGUUCUGCAUCCGGUUCAACUUCCAGGGUUAGGCUGGAAGGAUACUUGUCCAGAUGCCGUGCCGCUGUCGCAUGCCGCACUUGAGCUCUAUGUGUAUGACAAGCAGACUUAUAUCGAGGCUACAUGGCCGUCAGAAGGUGCGAUGGACGGCGGUAAUGUCGCCGAACUCUUAGGUCAACAGAUUACAAGUAUCUGCCAGUAUCUCGACGAAAAGGAUCGUCUGGGGCAGACGUCAAUCAGUGCGUCGUCGACGUCCGCGUUCGGGGUGCUGCCUGGAGACUGCUUUGAUCGUGUGUUUCGCCUGUACGCCGAAGACACACUGGAGGAUAUCAUCCCUUGUACCCCGAUGCAACGGGCCCUACUUUACGAAGGAAUCGCCGAUCAUGAAUCGCCUCGGUAUGUGACUAGCCGCGUCUGGCGCAUCCCCACAGAUAGGUCAAUGUGUUCGCAGAUCGAGGAGGCCAUUCGCAGCCUGGUCCAGCGACAUGAGGUGCUGCGGACGGUUUUACACAUCGAUCCCGAAGUCGGGCCUUUGGCCCUGGUUUUACGUGAUACUCAAACUCUCGCUACAAGCGCGGUUGGGCAAAUAGAGGUUAGAAAUCAUACCGAGCUGGAGGAGAUGGUGGCGAGCUUGUUGCGCAACUCUGAGUAUGGAAAUCCAUUGAAGCAACCGUUCUGCACUCGAGUCGUGCGCGCCACGGAUGGGUCGGCGGCGCAAUUGAUCUGGCUACUGCACCACAGUUUGAUCGAUGCCUGGAGCCAGGAUAUGCUGUUUGGCGAGUUGACCCAGAUCCUUGUGGAUGGCUGCCCGACCGAAUCCCUGACGCCGCGACCUUCUUUUGGCUCCUUUGCUCGCUAUGUGGCUUUGGACAGCCGCUCAGACCAGACCCACGGGGGGUUCUGGUCGAAGACCUUGUAUGGAGUACAACCUACCACAUUCCCUUUCUCCUUGAUGUCUUCACGGCCGAUGGAUGCCGAUGCAGUUGUCGUGGAACAGACCUGUAAUCUCGCCACGCUAUCCGAAAAUUGCAUAUCGCCUGCGGCACUGGUGUCACUGGCGUGGAGUUUGGUCCUCUCCGAAAUCCUCGAUACCAGUGAUGUCACUCACGGAAUGCUAUUCUCAGGGCGACAGGUUCCACUGGAUGGUGUAGCUGAUAUUAUCGGCCCCUGUAUCAGCACGGUCCCGAUCCGUACCCAAUUGAACCGGCACGGCAGGGUCCUGGAUCUUCUACAAUCAACAGAGACUGCGAUUUCCUUGGCGGGCGCCCACAGUAUUAUUGGGAUCGAUGGCGUGGCUCGGGCAGCUGGGGUGGAGGCGCCGGCCUUGGUGAAUACGCUGCUUAAUUUCUUUGGCGUUCGGACGGACGUGCUCGAGGAUGAUAGCAUGAAUACCAUGCUGGAACUGGACAGCGUUGACGAUGGACUACCCCCCUCAAUUACGCUGUCGUGCUGGCAGCGGCAGACCGAGGCCAACACUAUCGUCAUGCGCCUCGAGCGUCGACAUCCUCUGCAGGCGGGCAUUGCACAGUGCCUGAUGGAGCGCAUGGCCUGGUAUUGCCAUUCGCUGUCCUACCAGACGCAUCGAACACUCGACAGUGUUUUAUCGAUCACUCCCGAUGAAGACCAACUGCUGACUGAAUGGAGCAAGUCCGUCGACGCGCCGCUAUCUGACGCGUAUCCUUGCAUCCACGAUCUCAUUGCGAGAUGGGCAGCGGAGGUCCCAGAAAAGGUGGCGAUUCAGGUUGCAGAAUCCCAGUUUGUGACGUACCGGGAGAUAGAUCAGAUGUCCACGGCCGUCGCCAGAGUGAUCCAACAACUAGUUAUUGAUCAAUGGUCUGGACCUACUCCGCCGCUCAUCCCCAUCUGCUGCGACCGGGGUGUUGACAUGGUGAUCGCGAUUCUUGCCGUACUGAAGGCUGGAGCAGCGUAUGUACCGCUGAAUAUCUCCGAUCCAGAGGGACGGCUAGAGACUAUCUUGCGUCAAACCCAGUCUAGGAUCCUCAUCGACGGCUUACUUGGCGAGGAUAGCCGUCGCAAAUUGUAUGCAGUUGGUGAUCGCACGUCGACCUCGGUGUACACUAUCAACGAUCUCUAUGCAAUGCCUUCCUCGAAGGCCCUCCUGCCCCAAGUUCGCUCGGGGUCGCUUGCGUAUGUUCUUUUCACCUCCGGAUCCACGGGGGAGCCUAAAGGCGUGAUGAUCGAGCACCGCAAUCUUACCUCAUUCAUCGCCACGCAGCACGAUGAGCUGAUCGGCCGGUGGACGAGUUGCCGUAUGCCCGUGGCAGCAUAUACAUUUGACGUUUCCAUGGCUGACCUAUUGACCGGUCUGGCGAUCGGUGCCCGCGUGGCAUUGGUGGACAGUAAGAGAAUGUUGGCCUCCCUGCCAGACUGGACCGAGCGAAUGCUAGCCACGACUCUCUCCAUGACCCCGACCCUGGCCUCUCUUCUCGCCAGACAGCUUCCGCCGCUGGUAGCCUUCCUGCUGCUCGCAGGCGAGGUUUUUGACCCCACCAUCAUGAAGGCGCUUCCCCGUGAAUGUCGUGUGUGGAAUGGAUAUGGCCCGACAGAAACUUUCUAUGCAUCUUUCCACUUUGUGGACGCACAGACAACGUACGCCCAGGGACAGGUCCCCAUCGGACGGCCGUUUGGUGGUAACCAAAUAUAUAUUCUUCGCCCAGGCAGUGACGACCGUCGGCCCAUUGGCGCAAUCGGCGAGAUCUGCAUUGGCGGGACCCAGGUUGCCCGCGGAUACCUUGGCCGAGAGGAUUUGAGCAAUCGAUCUUUCACCAGAAGCGCAUGCAAUGACCAGACGGUGCUGUACAGGACGGGCGACCUCGGGCGGUUCAUUGAUCGUGGUGUGAUCGAAUACCUGGGCCGCAUGGACGACCAAGUCAAAAUCCGGGGCCAGCGAACCGAGCCCGCGGAGAUCGAGUCAGUUCUUCACAGCGCCUCGCCUCACGUAGCCCAUGCGAUUGUGGAUGUCCAUCCUCCCAAGCAAGGGGCCGGGCCAGUGCGCGUGAUUGCGUUCAUCGCAAUAAGAGAUGCCGUGUCUCCCAGCGGGUGCGAAACGCUCAUCCAAGCGGAGGUAGAGUCCGCUUGUCGAAAUCAUCUUCCAGCGCAUAUGAUCCCAUCCACGUGGGUCCAUGUGCGCACAGUGCCCCUUACAGCCAGUGGUAAAGCAGACAAGAAGAAGCUACGUUCCUGGUUGUUGGCGUUGGAGGACAGGGAAACAGUGCCCGAGAUAUCAAUCAUUGAAUCAUUUCCGUCGGAGCAAGUGCACGAUAUGGAUGGUUCGCAAGGCCCGGACAGUCCUCGUGAGGCGAUCCUGAGACAGUCAUGUGCCCAGCUAUUCAAAGUGGAUGAGGAUAAGAUAUCAUUGGGAUUGUCUUUCAUAUCAUCCGGGGGUGAUUCUCUGUUGGCAUUGCAGUUGAAUGCUCGGCUAAGAGAGAAGGGAUUCAAAUGUACCCCUCGCGACAUUGUGGGGGCUCAGAGCCUGGCUGAACUAGCAAGCAACCUGGAAUCCUCGAAUGAGAAUGUGCCCCCGGCACCCAUUGUCGACUGGACACUAGAUCUGGACGAGAUGGCACGUCUCCCAGCCAACGGUAUCGCGGACUGGGAGACGAUAGUGCAACAUGCUGGGAUUGAUCCCAACCAGGUCCAAUGCGUCAUGCCGUGUACACCCUUUCAAGAAGGCAUGCUCUCGAGCAGCGACGCGAAUGGAAGCUCGGUUGGAUACUUGGCGCACAUGAACAUCGGCCUGGGCAAGCAGAUUGAUAUUGACGCCCUCAAGUAUGCUUGGCAGGAAACCGUUGACCAGGAGGAUAUGCUGCGGACCACGUUUAUACUCACCCCUACGACCGAUGCAGAUACAUCAGGACCUGAGCAGGACGGCGCACUCCUCCAAGUGGUUUUAUCUCCUCAAUCGUCGCAAGUAGGUCGGGUUAAGUCAUUGCAGGUGUUUAGUCACGCUCCGCUUCCUUAUCUGCAGGGGGAAACUGAGCAGGGCUACCAUAUCCCUAUCGCUGUCGCUGUUGCGAUCGAGAACCAGGACGACGAGGGACAAAAAUGCACACUUCACAUCACAAUGCAUCAUGCGCUGUAUGACGAGGCGUAUCUAUCCUUGUUACUGAAGGAUUUGUCCGCUAGAUACCGGUCGAUCGUAUGCAACCAGGGCGUCGAUGAAGUGUUUCCACGAGACCAACGAAUCCCAUUCGCCACCUAUGUGCGCUUCGUGCAUUCGAAGCUAGGUCAAACACCGUCCGCAUCUCCUGCUGGCGAAUUCUGGAAACGCUAUCUGGCGGAUGCGGUUCCCAGUACAUGGCCACUUUCGCACGGGAUGCAAAGCUCCAUCACUUCAGCGAUGAGUCCAGAGACGUCGGCGAUGGAAUGGACCGGCAACCUUCGAGCCGCGGCUUCUAGCCUCCAAGUGACUGUUGCGGCGAUGGUUCGUGCAGCAUUAGCUCUGACGGUGGCCGAACACGCCAAUGUUACUGACGUGGUCGUCGGGGAGGUUUCCAAGGGCAGACCCGAUAUUCGCCGCCACGGCGAUUCAACAUCGAGGUUCAUUGCAGGGCCAUGUGCCACUACUCAUCCAGUGCGGAUCCGAUUAGCUGGCGAAGAUGGAAGCAAAAGACAUACAAUGCUACAGCUCUUGCGCGAGUCUUUCACCUCCUACAUGGAAACCCUCCCCCACCAAUUUUACGGCCUUUCACGCAUCCGAGAGCAAUCCAGCCGCGUAGACCUCCUGCCGUUCCAAGUUCUCUUUGUCUAUCAGGACGCGUUUCGCAGUGAAGAAGGACUCGCGGGAGACGGCGCCUUCCAGAUCCAGGCGGGUCACUUAGGGCAAAUGGGGUUCCCUAUGGUUGUUGAAUGCGCCUGUCUCCCUGGGGAUUCCGGGGUGCUGCUUCACUGCACCUAUGCACCAGAUGUGAUUGACAAGCAGGGCAUUGAAUGGUUCCUACACCAUCUCGCGCAGUCGCUUAAUGCUCUCGUGCAAGUGGACGCGACCGGAAGUGGCAGUAUGAGGUUGGCACGAGUCCCUCUCAGCUCGCGGGAGGCUCGUCAACUUGAGCUAUGGAGCCGCAGUCAUCGAGCAAAUGAGGAUAACAAAGUCAAAGAUACUCGACCCACGUCUCUAACGCACGCUUUUGAGGAUGUUGCGAGAAGGAUGCCUGAGAAGCGAAGCACGGACAUGUCCCUGGCGCUACAAAGAUAUAUAGCCUCAUUGGACGGCAUCAGCUCUGAACAUCUUGUUAUUCCAAUCUGCUUCGAGCGCACUACGGACAUGGUCGUCGCGAUCCUGGCGGUCCUGAAGGCAGGCGCAGCAUUUGUACCGCUCGAGCCGGGCUACCCAGUAGAGAGGCUUAUCAGUAUCGUGAGGACGACCGGUGCUCCGCUCAUUGUCUGUGGAGUGACGGAAAAAGACAAUGAAACCCUGGUCGCGGUGUCCAAUGCAACCAACAAAAGCCUUGUUACCCUUGAUGAUCUGAAAUCCACCCCUACCUCGGGCCACACUGUACUCGCACAACAGUGCAGGGACGAAUCUCGCCUUGCUUAUGUGUUGUUUACGUCGGGCUCGACAGGGAACCCGAAAGGCGUGAUGAUAACGCACGGCAAUUUACUCGCCUUCAUGCAACAUAAUGACCCGGAUGUGCAUGGAAGGUGGUAUAACUCUCGGAUGCCGGUGGCCUCGUAUACGUUCGAUGUUUCUAUGGCAGACAUCCUCACAACCCUUUGCUCCGGUGGCAGGGUAGUGCUCGUUCCAGUACAGAAGCUAUUCUCUUCCCUGGGCGCCUGGGUUGAUGAUUCAAUGACGUCUCACAUCUCUCUCACUCCGACAAUCGCCAACAUUCUCUGGGAGCCUGUCAAGAACGCUGGGGUAGUCUUUCCAUUCCUCAGCGUGUUGUUAUUGGCUGGCGAAGUAUUCGAUGUGCAGCUUCUGAACUAUCUCCCAGAAGAAUGCCGGGUCUGGAAUGGUUAUGGCCCGACUGAAACGUUCUACGUGACGUUCUAUCAUAUUCCCAAAGCACGUACCAAGGGACAAAGCUCAGUCUCAAUUGGAUACCCCUUCGGAGAGAAUGAAGUCCAUCUCUUGGGGGUUGAAUCUCAUGAUCGUGUACCAGUUGGAUGUAUUGGUGAGAUCUGCGUGACGGGCCCACAAGUCGCACGCGGAUACCUUGGCCAGCCAGAGCUUACAGAGCGACAUUUCCAGCGCCAUAUCCUAGACCAGCAGACAUCGGAAGGCCUCCUGUAUCGGACAGGUGAUAUGGGAAGGUUCCGUCCCGAUGGAAAACUAGAGUACCUAGGUCGACUCGAUCGCCAAGUCAAGAUCCGUGGUCAACGCGUGGAGCUCGCGGAGAUUGAGGCGGUGAUCUCACAGCAUGAUUUGUUGGACGGCUGUGCGGCCGUGGUGGUGAAUCGUCCCACUGGAGAUACCCUGUGUCUCUUCUGCGUGGCGGCGUCUGACCAAACCCCUAGCAAGGUGUGGGACGCCAAUGCUGCCGCUCAAAUCAAAGCGUGGGUUGCCACCAGACUUCCGGCACACAUGGUGCCCUCAUACCUCUUCCCAUUGGAAGGGGGGCUUCCUCGCGUUCCCAGUGGGAAGGUAGACCGCCGACUGCUAGCUCAUAGAGCCACAAGUCUGUUAGCAGACCCUGCGUUAUCCAAUCUGGAUCAGGACACGUAUAUUGGACCUACGACGGAGAGAGAGAAGGUAAUCUGCGACAUUUUCGAGGAAACCUUGGGCCGGCGGGUGAGUAUAUUGGACAAUUUCCUCCACCUUGGAGGACAUUCCAUACUCGCCAUUCGAGCAGUAUCCAAGAUCAAUAGUCGCCUCCACGUCCAUCUUUCCUUCAAAGAUGUGUUUGACUUUCCAACCGCUCAAACUUUGGCACGACGACUCGACUCCACAGCCAUGAGCCAACAACAACUGUAUACUUCAAUUCCCAGGCUUCCUCGGGAUAAGACGACAGUCAGGCAGUCAUUUGCUCAGGGCCGACUCUGGUUCUUAGACCAGUUGCAUCCGGGGUCAACUUGGUAUCUGAUGCCCUUUGGGCUUCGCAUCAGGGGAGAGCUGCAUCUCGAUGCGUUGGAGGCCGCUGUGUCCGCGAUUGAGGAGAGGCACGAGACACUUCGGACGACCUUUGAGCACCGCGACGGGCAAAAUAUCCAGGUCAUACGUCCAUUUGCACACCGUCCGCUCAGGGUGGUUCACGUGCCGUACACAGCGGGCGAAGAAGGCCUCCUUCGCGCCCUGAAGGAGGAACAGUCCACCCCAUUUGAUCUCCAAAAGCACCCAGGGUGGCGACCACUCGUCAUUCGCCAGAAUAACAGGUCUCAUAUUCUAUCGAUCGUGAUCCAUCAUAUUAUCUGCGAUGGUUGGUCUGUCGGAGUGCUGCUGAAGGAACUGAGUACGUUCUAUUCUGCUGCACUUCAUGGCAGUAGCCCCAUCCAUACUCAGCUGCCACCGCUACCCAUCCAAUACCGCGACUUCUCCGCGUGGGAGAACCAAGAAGGCCAAAAACUCGAGCAUGAUCGCCAGCUGAAGUAUUGGAUCGAAAGGCUCGCGGGCAGCAAGCCGGCCGAGUUCAUUGGUGAUAAGCGAAGGCCUCCAGCCCCGUCGAGGCAAGCAAUCUUCGAGGAGGUUCGCAUCCAUGGUGCGAUAUACGACCGCUUAUGCCAAUACUGUAAGCAGCAUCAGCUCACACCUUUUAUUGUUCUACUGGCCGUCUUCCGAGCCACCCAUUACCGCCUGACAAAGGAAGCCGAUGCGACCAUCGGUACACCGAUUGCCAACCGAGGGCGCGAAGAGCUGCACGACAUCAUUGGACUCUUUGUGAAUGUGCAGUGCAUCCGGCUCCAGGUCGAUGAUCAUGAUACCACGUUCGAGGACCUUGUCAGUCAGGCCAAGUCCGCCGCGACAGAUGCCUUUGCCCACCAGGAUAUCCCUUUCGAUCGGAUCGUGUCCGCCCUGCAGCCUGACCGAGAAACCACCCAGAAUCCCUUGGUACAGACGGUGUUUGCCGUCCAUCCGCAAACACAAGGGAAAGAGCAGCUGGAGGGGCUGGAGACCGAGCAGAUCCUUCUGUCACGUACCACUCGGUUUGAUCUCGAAUUCCACCUCUUCCAAGAAGAGGAUGGCUUAAGCGGUCAAGUCGUGUUUGCGCAAGAUAUCUUCUUCUCUGAAACCGUAAGAGCGAUGAUUUCGGUGUUCUACGCGGUGAUGGAGUGCGGGCUGAACCAGCCAAGCACAACCAUUGCCUCCAUGCCCUUGCUUAAUGACAGCUUGCUGCAUGACAUGGACGAUCUACUAGACAUCAAGCGGACAGAUUACCCGCGGAAUGCCACUGUAGUGGAUCUAUUCCGCCUGGAAGCACGAUCACAUCCCGACAGCGUUGCUAUAUUGCAUGAAGGAAAGGAGCACACGUAUGGGGAUCUCGACCGCCAGUCGGAUCGUAUCGAAAGGUGGCUCCGCAGUCAACACCUUGAUCCGGAGACCAUCGUCGGGGUGCUCGCAGCACGAUCCGCUGAAGCAAUCGCCAUUUUCCUCGGGAUUAUGAAAGCGGGCCUCGCGUACUUACCACUGGAUGCCAGUACUCCACACACUCGCAUUUGCAGCAUCCUGUCAUGUGUAGAUGGAAAAAUACUGGUGAUUGUGGUGGACGAAGCUCGGGUUGCUGUACCCGAUGUCGGAUUGGCUCACGUGGAGUUCAUUACCCUCUCUCGCAUCAUCAAAGAUGGCGAGCGACAGGAGAUAUCGGACGGUCAGGGGCUGGACGCUAAAUCUUCAACAGCAUCUGCGACCAGCCUAGCAUGCGUCCUGUUUACUUCAGGGUCGACAGGAACGCCCAAGGGAGUGUUGAUCGAACACCGUGCAAUUGUUCGAAUGGUCAAAGAACCUAACUUCACCCGAGCCGCAGGCAAGCCCCUCGCUCAUAUGGCGAAUCUUUCCUUUGAUGUAUCUGUCUGGGAAGUCUUUAUGCCUCUCCUUAGUGGUGGCAUGGUGGUAUGCAUUGAUGCGAUGACCGUGCUGGACUAUAAGCGCCUGAGCGAUGCAUAUGCUCGCCACAGCGUGCGAGCGGCCAUGUUCACCCCGGCCUUAUUCAAACAAUGCCUGCAUGAGACCCCUCUCAUUGUCAAGACCCUGGAUCUUUUGAUUCUCGGCGGAGAUCGUCUCGAUCCUGAGGAUGUCGCCAGGGCCAAGCAAUUCACCCAGGCUACCAUCUUAAACGGAUACGGGCCCACAGAGAACAUGGGGGCGAGUACUCUAUACCCGCUGCUCGACGACGAGGCAUAUGCAAAUGGUGUGCCGAUCGGGAAGCCAAUAAGUAACUCUGGGGCGUAUGUGACGGAUGAUUCGCUCAAGAUUGUCCCUCAAGGCGUGGUCGGGGAGCUGGUUGUCACGGGCGAUGGGCUAGCCAGGGGAUAUACCGAUCCGGACAAGAAUGAAGGUCGCUUUGUAGACAUGGUCAUCGGCAACGAGGUGGUCCGGGCAUAUCGGACGGGGGAUUAUGCGCGAUGGAGACCGGUUGAUGGGCAGCUGGAGUACUUUGGCCGUCGAGACGACCAGGUCAAAAUCCGCGGCAAUCGGGUGGAAAUGGGGGAGAUUGAAUACACCCUCCUCUCCCACGGCGCAGUCCGCAGCGCUGCCGCCGUGGUGAGCGGAACGGGGGCAGAUGUUGACCUUGCAGCCUUUGUGGUAUUGCAUCCGAUCCACGACGAGGUGGCGGAGACGGAGCGGGUGGAUGCAUGGAAGACUGUCUUCGAUACAGAGGCGUAUGACAGCUUCACCCUUCAGCCCGACAGACUGGGAAGAGACUUUGUCGGGUGGCUCUCGAUGUAUGAUGGAUGCAGUAUUGACCUUCUCGCGAUGGAAGAGUGGCUGGAUGACACCCUUCGGGCCUUGUUGAACGGACAAGACCCUGGAAAGGUCUUGGAAAUCGGCACGGGGUCUGGCAUGAUCCUCUUCAACAUUGUCCAAGGGCUGGACGAGUAUGUUGGGAUUGAACUGGUGCCGAAGCUCGCCCGGAUGGUCGAGCAAGUGGCCAACGCAGACGAACGACUGGCAGGGAAAGUAAAGGUCCACACAGGCGUGGCUGACCGUAUCGAGGAUUUCAUUUCUGGCUUCGUCCCCAAUCUGGUCAUCAUCAACUCCGUCGCGCAAUACUUUCCCAGUGCGGCCUAUCUCUUGGAGAUUAUCGAGAAACUGACGCGGCUGGAGGGUGUCCAGACAUUAUUCUUUGGCGACAUCCGGUCCUACCCUCUGUACGACGAGUUUCUGGUAUCGAAGGCGUUGCAUAAUGACGGCGCGAAGGCAACUCGAGAUCAGGUACGGAAGUGUAUGGAAGAAUGCAGAGCCGCCGAGACCGAGUUAUUGGUGGAUCCUGCGUUCUUCACCUCCUUGACUAGUCGAUUCCCAAAUCGGGUCGAGCACGUUGAGGUUCUCCCCAAGCUGAUGAGUGCCACGAACGAGCUCAGCUGCUACCGCUACUCGGCCGUGGUUCACAUGAAACAUGCUACAGCACCGCCGCGCACCAUUUACCAGAUUAACGAGAGCCAGCGGAUCGACUAUUCAUCGCGGUCCUUGAAUUCGCGGAGCUUGCUGGAGCACCUGCGACAAUCGCAUGAUGGCAGACCCAUCAUAGCCGUGGAAAACAUCCCAAAUCGCAGGAUAAUCCUUGAGAAAUACAUAGUGGAUGCCCUCGAAGAGGGAAGUCCUCCUCCCUCUCGCCCCAUGGACAAUCAGAGUCACUGGCAGGUCUAUCACCGUAACCGAGCAGCACAGACCUCAGCCUUGACACCGGGAGAUUUGGUCUCCAUAGCCAACCAGGCAGGAUUCCAGGUCAACAUUAGCUGGGCUCGACACCGGUCACAGCGUGGGGCAUUCGAUGCAAUUUUUCAUCGACUGAAGCCAGAUUGUCUACAACAGCGGGUAUUGUUCAACUUCCCAGCUGAUCAUCAGGGCCAGGACAUCGGCUCAUUCACCAACCAUCCCGUCCAGAGUCAACAAAAUCAACAGUGCAUAAGUGAGCUCAGGGAGUACUUGCACGCGCAGCUUCCAGCAUACAUGGUUCCACGCACCAUCACCGUCCUCGAUCAGCUACCCCUGACAGAUCGUGGCAAGGUCGACCGCCAGGCCCUUCGCCUGCGAAUCACACAGCAAGAACCAGCAACCACCAAAAUGCAGCCGAGUUCCGAUAGAGAAACAGUAGAUUUCGGCACUGGAACUGAGCGAGCCAUUUGCAAUGUAUUUGCGGAGGUAUUAGGACUGCAGGCUUCUGUUGACAGAGAAAGCAGUUUCUUUAGCCUGGGGGGUCAUUCUCUGCUGGCUCCCCGCCUGGCGGCUCAGCUAUCAAAAUGCCUGGAUUGCACGGCGACUGUCCGAGACGUCUUCGACUGCCCGACGCCUGCGAAAUUAGCGGAUCGUUUACAUUCAAAACAGUCAGAUAGUAAUAGGGACGCGAGCUCCACGAUUGACAGUCAAACGAAUACCUUUGCGCUGGACAAGGUCAAACACCAGAACGCCCUUCGCGACUGGGGAGUUGAAUCCGACGGAGUGAGUCACUUGAUGCCUUGCACUCCCUUUCAAGAAGGUGUUUUGUCGAACUUCCUAGCUGCACCAGAAGACUCCGGCUACUUGAGCGUGGUACGGCUAGGCCUGGAGUCACAACUUGAUGUGGAGGCGAUUCGGCUCGCAUGGCAAGCAGUGGUUCAUCGCGAAGAGACCCUCCGCACGGCUUUUAUUCCCGUUGCUGGGGAUGUGUCUGCAUCAUCCAUUACCUCCAGCACUUUUUGGCAAUGCGUCUUCGACAACAACUCCCCCGAGGUCCAACGGCUUUUGUCUAUCGACGAGCAAGAUAGGCAGCGGGACCGCCCUGCUUUGGGCUUUGGCCAUAUUCCAGUAUCGUUGGCUUUGGUGGACGGACCAACCUCGUGCAAGGCCGCCAGGGAUAGUUGCUCGCCCCAACUCGAACUCACCAUCCAUCACGCUCUAUAUGAUGAGGCGUAUCUCAGAUGGAUCAUUCAGGAAGUUUCCCACGAGUAUCAUAAAGCUCGACUAGAGGAAGAUCGUAUUCCCCAGCGGCCAACUGACAUUUCUGUGAACAUGAUUCCGUUCCGCACGUUUGUCUCUCAGCUGCAGGCGGUUCCAAAGGGAGGUGCAGCCUCAUUCUGGAAAGAAUAUCUAACUGGGGCCCCUGCCGCGUCCUGGCCGGUUGCGAGAGGACUGGAGCGUGGGAGAAUAACAGAAAUCGAUGAGUUCUCGACCCGGUCUCUGACAUGGAAGGGAAACAUGCAUGAUCUAGCUGGAGCUAGAGCAGUCACUCCUGCCGCGAUUUCACGAGCUGCAGUGGCGCUCGUCAUAGCCGAGCACAGUGGUGUGGAAGACAUCGUUAUUGGCGAGGUGUCUAGUGGAAGAUCCAUCUAUGAUGGCGCUCCUGGGUUCGUCGCCGGUCCUUGUAUCUCAACACACCCUGUGCGGAUACGCAUGCAACAGAGGCAGGGAUCGGGCAGCAGCAGUCAGCAGAGACUGUCCUUUGACCAGUUGGUCAAACAUUCGCUGGAUUCCUAUUUGGAGACCGUGCCCUACCACCAGCUCGGCUUGCCCAGUAUCCGACGGCAAUCCGAUGCCCCCGAUCUCCUGCCAUUUCAAGUGCUUUUUGUUUAUCAGCAGGCUUUCAAAUUUGAGACGCACGCUCCGGAAGAAGAAACAUUCCCCGACUUCAAGGUCCAAGGGGGUCACCUGGGUCGGUUUGAGUUUCCUGUCGUGCUGCAAGCAGCCUGCCAUCCAGUCACAGGUCACCUGAAUCUACAGUGCAUGUUUGAUCCCACGGUUCUCAUUCCAGAGGACAUCGAUUGGUUGCUCGAACACAUAUCUCAGGUUCUCAAUUUCAUCGCCGAGAGUCCCUCUCAGCCCAAUGCCAGGCUCACGGUUAGUGACGCGGAAGAGGCAGCGUUGGCAAAAUUCGCGGGCGAGACAGGGCAAACCCCAGAACCACUGUUGAAUACUGCUGACGAGUCGCUGUGCGCUCAUGAUAUGAUAUCGCAACGGGCCAUGGAGAACCCUGACAAGAUAGCUGUGCAGUAUGAACUCUCCCGGUUCAUGACAUACGGAGAGCUGGAGAGUCAGAGCACCAAGCUAUCAAUCAUGAUUCGCCGAUUUUUCGAUCACACUGGCAACUCGCAGUGUCAUCAGCAACCCUUGGUUCCAAUUUUCUUCGACAAGGGAGUGGACAUGGUAUUAGCAAUGCUGGCCGUUCUCAAAUCUGGGGCGGCUUAUAUUCCACUCGACGUUUCGCAUUCCGAGCAACGUUUGAGGGUGAUAUGUGAAUCCGCGCAGGCCAAGCUGAUCAUUUGGGAUGGGCACAAUGGCUGUGACAAGCUGCAUGCUAUUGGGCACUCUUUAGGCGCCACCGUCUUGACCCUGAGCGAACUUUCUGAUGCAGCGGACGGCUGGAGAAGCACUCAGCAGUCUGGGGGACAGCCUACACAGUCCUCCCUAGCCUAUAUUAUCUACACGUCUGGCUCCACGGGCGUACCGAAAGGUGUGAUGGUCAGUCAUACAAAUUUGGCAUCCUUCAUUAAAUCCGCAGCAAGGGACAUAUACAUGUCCUGGACCGUGAAUAGACUCCAGCUCGCUUCAUAUACAUUUGACAUGUCAGUCAGCGAUAUCUUCCCCGUACUUGCCACAGGGGGACGCGUCGUACUCGCCCAACAACAGUCCCUCUGGAGCGAUCUGGCUGGGUGGGUGGAUACUUUUGCAGUCAAUCAACUUAUGACAACCCCCACGGUGGCAGAUAUGAUGCUUUCUAGUGCAUCUUCCGACGGAUUCCGGUUAGCACAUUUGCGUGAUGUGAUAGUGGGAGGCGAGGCCGUCAAGGCAGAUAUCCUGGAUAAGGCACCGGCAGAGAUGGUAUUUCGGAUCCAAUACGGUCCAACUGAAACUACCGUUGUCGUGACUGGUUGUAUGCUUCGAGGACAUGCAUACCACCACCCUGUUCCGCAUUCGCAGAUUACCACAAUCGGAUUCCCGCUUCCUGGCUGUCGCGUCUACAUUCUCCAGCCAGGCACGUCCAACCGAGUACCUAUUGGAGUACCGGGUGAACUAUGCAUCAGUGGGCCACAGGUAACUGGGGGCUACCAAGGUAGUGGCGUGGAGAAUCCUUCCAAAAGCCCAUUUGUCCCCGAUCCCUUCUGGGCCGGGCAGACGAUGUACCGGUCUCGCGACAUUGCCAAAGUCCACGGAGAUGGAAUGAUUGAGUGGAUUGGGCGGAUGGAUUCCCAGAUCAAACUGCGGGGCCUGCGGAUUGACUUGGGCGAGAUCGAGUCCUCAGCGAGGCAGCUCAAUGGUGUCCAGUCGUGUGCUGUUGUCAAGGUGGAUCAGGGAGAGAAGGAGACCUUGCUUGCUUUCAUCGAGGUAGCAAGCUCCCACGAAAGACACAUUACCCCUUCCAUCAUCCAGCAACAUCUUGCACAUCAUCUCCCCGCCUACAUGGUCCCUGCCCACAUUCAGCUGCUCGGCAAACCACUUCCGCGCACUGCCUCUGAUAAGCUGGAUCGAAAGGGAAUCCAGGCCCUUGCGAAGAAGCUUGUGGAUGACGGAGAGUUACUGUCCUUCUGCGCCAGCGAAAUGCUAGCGGCUGAUCGCCCAUGUCCAGGGACUCUGGAGGCAACCCUCGCCUCGCAUUGGGCCACUAUACUAGGAGUCGACCAGGAGGUGAUUCGUUUGCAAACGCCGUUCUCUUCCUUAGGGGGAGAUUCCGUGCGGGCCAUCAGUCUACUCGCACUACUGCGGCGCAACAACUUCCAGCUCAAUUUGACCGAUUUGGAUUCAUUGUCGACCAUCCGGUCCCAAGCAUCCCGAAUCCUCGGUGACAAGCAACCACCGCAAAGGCUCCCUGCUUACAUGCAGUUGACCACCCGCAGCACCAGUCGGGCGACGAUGGUGCUGAUCCAUCCCUUCUUCGGUCAGUCGAGUGUGUUCGACCAUGUCGUGCCGGCUCUAAGCCACCAGUACGAUAUCGUGCAAGUCUCUGAUCCCUUCUUCGGAAAGCCGGAGGGCCCCGCAUCCCUGCGCGACUGGGCCGCACAUUACUUGGAAGCGCUGCAAGUCCAGCUGAAGCCAGGCCGGCCCGUCGUUCUGGUCGGGUACUCCUUCGGCGGCCUGCUGGCACUAGAAAUGGCACGAUUAUUGGAGGCAACCGGACAAGGAUCACCCUUGUCGACCGUCAUUGUUGACACCCGUUGCUAUGAUCCGCACCAGCCGUUCUUCGCCGAUGAGAAAGAGAGAAGCACCGCUGCGGACGAUGCCGUCCGCCUCUUUGGCCCUGGCCAAACCAGAAUGAUCGAGGAACACUUCGAUAAACAUGCCCGCAUCUGGGCAAAUUCCGCGUGCCCGGACACCUACCUCGGCCGGUCGCUCUACCUGGCCACUCCGGAUGCUGUCCAGUCCGGGGUUGUGGAUUGGUGGCGGUGUCAGUGCCCGCACAUUGAGGUACAGCAAGUGGAAUGCUCGCACGGGGAGAUUUUCGGUCCGGCGAUGACUGGACGCGUAAGUGGGGUGAUCAAUGCACAUUGCAACCUGGAUACACACGCACAAUGAGAC